AUGACUAAAAGAAGAACUUGGCAUUAUUAUGCCAACAUUGUAGUGCAGCUUGCUCAAAACAGAUCACGUAUGAAUUGGCAUUUGUCAUGUAAAAAAACUUUUAAAAUUUUAAGAUUUGAUUUUAACUGCAUCCAUAUGAUUAUUUAAAACAAUUAAGCUGGAAAGAAAAAACCCAAGGUCCUUAAUGCUAUCAUAAUCUCAAUAAUACAAAAUAAUUUCUAAAUGAAUUUGAAAAUGAACAAUUUUUUCAGUCCCAUUUACACAUGUGCUACUUGUUGGAACUGGUCUGUACACAAUGUACUCUUUGGCCUCAAACUGUUUUAGAGCUUUUAGCAGUCCAUCAUGAAUAGAUCAAAACAAACAUUCAUUUGAUUUCAAUAAAUGCUUUUAAAAAACUGUUUUAUUCUUCCUUUCAUGCCCAGUUUGAAAAUUUUGUUGAAUCUCUGUCUUCUCAGUGGUAAACAAGAAACAGCUGCCAAAUGUAAACAUCAAGAAGAAGUCAAGUCACUCAAGUAGUGUUUUUCAUUCACUUGUUUAUUAUAUUCAGACAUGCUAGAUGUAUCUCUCAUUUUACAGAGACAUUAAAUUUGAAACAGUUUUGAAUUUAGGCCAGGUAUGGCCACUAAUAGCUGAUGAAAGUGUACGUCUAUCUUACUUUAAACAAGCUGCACGACUUCAGUUUACCUGAUUAAGUUAAAAGCUGAAUUACAAAGCAAUCUGUAAGCACUCACAGUAGUGGAGAUAAGCUCAAUAUCCUGGCUCUUCAAGUCUCGACACAUCUGCUGGACAAAUCUGAUCUGAAAUGAAAAAUCAGUCAUUUUUAUCAGCAAUCACAGUAACCUUGAUUCACAUCAUGAAGGAAUUAAAAUUAAUGCCUUUUCGUAACAUGAAUCUCAGUAUGUAGCCACCCAGUCAAGUCAAUUAGUCAAUGAGCUAGCCAGUAAGUCAAGCAGUCUAUCAGCCACAUAGUCAGUCAGUCAGCCAGUCAGUAAUUGAACCAGUCAGCCAGUCAGUUGGUCAGUAAGUUGAUAAGCAGAGAAGUCAGUAAGUCAGUCAGCAAGUCAGCCACCAGUCAAUCAGUCAGUCAGCCAAUUAGUUGGAGUAGUGUGAACAUUAAGCAAACACAAUGACUGAGAGUUGCUUCUGUAACAAAGGAAUUACAACAAUCCUGUCCUAUCCUUUACUAUACUAUCAGUCAAUCAAUCAGCAAGUUAGAAAGUCAGCCAGUCAGUCAUCAGUCACUCAUUCAGUAAUUGAGCCAGUCAGUAAGUCAGCUAGUCUGUCAGUAAAUAGGUCAGUCAGUCAGUCUGUCAGUAAGCUAAUGAGUCAGUUAGUUAGUCAAUCAGUCACUCACUCAGUUAUCAUUAGUUAUUCAAUAACGCAGUCAUUUAGCAGGUCAGCUAUUCUGUCAGUUAAUGAGACAGUCACUCAGCAAGUCAACCAGUUGGUCAGUUAGUCAAUGAGUCAGUCAGUCAGCAAGUAGCCGGUUUAUCAAUAAGUCAGUCAGUUGAUUAGUCAGUCAACUGUAAGUCAGUCAUUUAGACAGUCAGUAAGUUAAUUAUUAAGUCAGUCGAUCAGUCCGCCAGUACAUCAUCAAAUCAGUCAACAAGCCAACAAGUCAGCCAUUAUUAUCAGUCCAAUCAAAUGUAGGAAUCAAAGCAGAACUUAGCAUUAUAUACUUAUUAUCUAACAAUGUGACACAGCUUGUUCAAAGCAGAUUGUGUCUGCUACUCCAGAUCAGUCAGUCAGCAAGACAGUCAGAGAGUUUGUCAGUCCAUCAAUGAGUCACUUGGUUAGUCAAUCAGUCACUCACUCAGCAUGUCAGCCAGUCAGUUAUAUUCAGUUAGUCAAUAAGGCAGGUGUUUAGCAGGUCAGCCAUUCAGUCAGUCGGUUGAAGACAAUUAGUCAGUCAGUCAAAAAGUCAGCCAUUCAGCCAGUCACUGAGUCAGUAACUUGGCAAGUCAGCCAGUCAGCAAGCUUGCCAGCCAGUCAGUCAGGAAGUCAGCAAAUUAGUCAGCCAGUCCAUCAAUAAGUCAGUAAGUUGGUUGGUUGGUCACCCAACUUUAAGUCGGCCAUUAAUAGUCACUCAGUCAGUCAACUGGACUAGUUAGUCAUUUAGUCUUUCAGUGAAUCAGUAAGUCAGUCAGUCAAUGAGACAGCCAGUCAGCAAACUAUACUAAGCCAGAACCUAGUAUUACAUAAUUGUCAUUUAACAAAGUGGCACAGCUUGUUCAAAGUAAAUUGUGCCUGCUACUCCUGGACAAAUUGCUAUUUAUGCGAAAAAGUUCAUUUAAAGACUUAAUUUUAAGAGCAUAUUAACAUUUGUGACCCUCCAUAUGAUUUCAGGGAGAAAGGUGAUGACACACUCGCAACACGCUGACACAACACGCUUAGUGUGUCCAAAGAUACACUUUAUGUGCAUAAUUAAUUACUGAAACAAUCAAGGACACACUAUGUUUUGUUUCGGUGUAGUUAGCAUCCUAAACCUUUGUUUUAAUAUAGUGUGAUCGAUGACAUGCUUAGUGUGCAAGUUGACAAAGAUUAACAUGCUAAAGUAAAACAAAAGGUACUUAAAAAAAACGUAACUCUCAUACAAAUUUAAUCUUUUAUUGGAUAGCCUCUACCCCAACUUCCAAAGAACGGACAACAAAAUUCCCUGCUCACUCUGCACUUUUGCAAUGAAAAGGUGUAACUUUUGAUCACCAGCUCUAGGCAAAAAAAUUUCCUCUGAUAAAAAGUAAACAAACAAGCAUUUGAAAUUUGCUUCUGUGAAUUCCGCUGUAGUGCAGAUGAAGUUUCUUGUCUAAAAACUUAAUGAUCUCGAAUGAAUUUAAAAGUCUUAGAAAAACCUGGAGUAUUAAAAACAUGACUGUUUCUUCUUGCUUUUAGCUGAUUUUAGAAAGCUUAGGUUGCUGUUGUAUGUAUUUAGAAAAAAAUUUCAAUGUGUGUAAAAGCAAGAGGUUUCAAAUUAUACAUGACAUGCAAAGUUUACUUGCAUGGGUCUGCAACAAUCGAAGUUAGCGUUUUCUGUGUUGCUACAAACAGUCCACUUGGAGAUUUCUCGUUUAGCAGUAAUUUUUGAAACAAUCACAAAAAUUACAGUUUUUGAAAAAGAUUCCCGGUGGCUGUACAAGAUCAUAUUUCAAUCUUUCUACCGAUCGCAUGUGGUGCACAUCAAUACGUACCUUCACACUUAUGUACCAAAAAUGAAAACACUUCAAAGGAUAGACUUCAUAAUAAUUAUAAUUUUAUAGCUAAAGAUUUACAGCUAAGCAGUAAUUCGUAAUUCUUUUUUCUUCUCUACAAUUAUUAUGUGCCCUAUAAUAAUACUUAACCUAUAGACACAUACAUGUUCAAUCUGAAUUAUCCCCAAAAUAGUCUGCAAGCUUCACCUUUUCAUGACUUAGAUGACAGAGAAUUUCAUAUUCUAAAUGGAUCCUGUCACUUGCAGAUAGAUAAUUUGAAAGAUUUAGAUUUAUAUAAUUUGCUACCCAACUCCGACAAAUCUGAUGAUGCCGACCCUGAUCAUAUAUCAAUUAACUCUCAAUCUGAUUACUAUGAUAUUCCCAGUUUGAAUAAGGUUCUGAGUAAAACAGGAGCAAAAUCCUCUUCAUUUCUUCCUUGUAAACAUUAGUAGCUUAUCAAAAAAUAUUAGCCUGCUUGAAGAUAUGCUGUAUUCUUUUAAGUGAACAGCCUGAUGUAUUAGGAAUUUCUGAAACCAGACUAGAUGACUCAGCUGACUAACUACAACAUCUACAAAACUGAUUUUCCAACCCCGGUGGGAGGGGUUGCUCUUUAUGUCAGUAAAGCUUUAACAUGAUUCCUAUGGUAAGUUAUAACUUUGGAUAUGCCCCUCGUAGAAUCUGUUUUGGUUGAAAUACCUACUCCCAAAAACAAAAACCCCAUCUUGAUUUCAAGUUGCCAGGUAAAUACAACAAGUAGGCAGGGAAUCAAAUGGCUUGGGAUUUCUUUUGGUUCUAUUUUUCUUCUAUUUUCCAGUAAAAGUAGCUGGGGGCCACUCUCUUAGUAGCCAGGGAAAAUCCCCGGCUCCGGGCUCUUAAUGACAACCCCGCAGGUGUCUGUGUUACAAAUAUACCAGAUAAGAAACACAAUCAAUUGCAGAUAAACAUGCACUAAUUAGGCAAUUUAGUCUAAUUGUCCCAAAAGAAACAGAAAUUGUGUACAAAGCGGUGGAUAACUAAUGGUAUAAUUUCUCAAAUCAAGUAAAACUAAGCAUAAAUUAUACAAAACACACUUUCUUUCUAACAAUUCAAUUAAGGUGACAGAAUAUAAAAAGUAUGCUAAUAAACUGAAUCUGCUUAAGAACAUUUGCAAAAAGAAUUACUUCUCACAACACUUUGACCUGUGGCAAAACAACCUGAGGGCAUCUUGGAAAUUGAUGGUAUGCUAGUUAAGCGCGAUUCGAAGGGACAAACCCCCAUCGCGAAAAUUAAACAUAACAAUAGAGCCUACACUAAUAAGGCUGAGAUCGCUGAUCACUUGAAUAAGCAUUUUGUCAAUGUGGGUCAAAACCUGGCCAAAAAAACUGAAAAUCGUGAAGGAAGUCUGACCCAAUUCAUAAGAAUGACUCCACUUAAAAGCUAGCUUUGUUAUGUCCUGUGUUACUGAAACCAAGUAUGUUCACUAUUUAAAUGUUUAAAUUAUCAUAAGCCAUCCUUAGACAUUCCUAAUAAAUUAAUCAAAAUAGCUGCCCAGCCAUUGUCAAUACCUUUAACAUAUAUCUAUAACCAGUCUAUUGAAACUGGAAUUGUUCCUGAUAUUUUAAAAGUCUCACAAAUCUGCCUGGUGUAUAAGGGUGGUGAUGCUACAGACUCUAGCAACUAUCGGCCCAUAGUAACUCUCUCACCACUCAGUAAAGUGCUUGCGCGUCUAGUCUAUAACCAAUUAUAUUCAUUCAUAGAUAACACCAAAUCUUGAACAAACAUCAGUUUGGAUUUAGGAAAGGAUAUUCCACUGAACAAGCUAUUCUUGAAAUUACUGACAAUCUGAAGCUUGCUACUGAUAAAGGUCAAAUAACAUGUGGUUUUUUUCUUUACCUAUAAAAGGCUUUUGACACAGUAAAUCAUAAAAUACUGCUCUCUAAACUCUAUCUAUAUGGAAUUCGGGGUAUACCACAUAAUUGGUUCAAAAGUUGUUUGCACAACUGAAGACAAUACCAGCGCUGUACAAGCCACUUAUUGAGGAGAUCAAGCAAAACUAACUACGAGAGAACAACUGGAGAACUGACAAUUUGACUAGCAAUAGACGACUGUUUAACUGGGACAAUAGACGGAUCGAAACGUACCAAUCACUGAUUACUAGUCUUUAUAACAUCACGACUUAACUGACAGACGACCAAUAACAUCGCGACAUAAUUGACCAAUCAGAUCAAUAACCAGAGUAUAAUAUCAACUGACGUGAUACAACUCACUUUAACUCUGAAGAUGACUACUGCACAGGUUGUCGAAACGUCAGUAACCAUCAACAACAACAGUCCUAUUCAGGACUACAUCCACCCGGACGAUCAAACUCAACCUUUUGAAGACAAUAUGUUGAAAUUGACUCUACUAAAUCUAGCUAUAAAAAUAUUACCUGCUGUAAAUCCCACGGCUUGACUCUAGGUCCCCUUUUAUUUUUGUGAACAAUUUACUAAACUGUGUUGGCAAACUUUCAGUGCGGAGCUUUGCUGAUGAUUCCAAUUUAUUCUUCUCUAGCAAGAACUUAAAACAACUUGAAUCCAUAAUGAAUCAAGAGCUUAAAAACAAAUUUAUGACUCCUGUGCUCUAAAUCAUUUAUAAAUUAGCUAUUAAUUCUGCAAAGACCAACUAUAAUUAUGUCAGUCUCAUCAUCUAGAUGCCACCCAAAGAUAAACAUCACUGGUAUUGAACAGAAAGAUUACAUAAGGUAUUUUAGUUUAUAAAACAUCUUGAUUGGCAACCACAGACACAACAUGUAAAUAAUAGAUUAGCUAAAAAUUUACAAAUCCUCUCAAAACUAAGAUAUUUCAUAGAUCUGAAUAUACUGAAACAACUUAAUUACAUUUUAAUAUAUCCCUAUUUGAGUUACAGUAUUCUUGCUUUGGGAUGUGCCAGCAAAACCAGAUUAGAUUGUAUUUGUAUUGCACAUCCUAGAGAGAGUACUGCUCCCUAUUUCAAACUCCUAACAAUCCCUAAAUUAGAUAUAAUAUACUGUAUAUAAAUUAAAAAUAUGUUGCCUUAUACAUAGAAUGAGAAAUGAAACUGAUAGCAUUCCUGACAUCUUCCUUGAUGUCCUGAAUCAAGCAUCGCAUAUACACCAUUAUAAUACAAGAUUUGUCAGUAAUCUGAUUUAUCUUAGGCCAAGAAUAUCCACCAACUAAGGUAGGAUGUCCUUUAAAUUCUCUGCUCCAAAAAUCUGGGAGACUGUACCACUUGGCCUCAAGUGUCUGCCAUCAUAAGUUUAAGAAAGAAUGGAAGUCCUAUCUUCUAAUCAAUCAAAUCUGAUCUUAAACUUUCUUAUAUGUUCUAUCACUGAUAUUAUUUGAGAUUUUAUUUCCUCUCUGUGAUGCUGCCAAUUAUCUGAACAUGAUGGUGUCCAACAAGAAAGCUCUUGCUACUUUAGAAACUGUAAACAAAUGAACUUAAUGUCUUUUAGUUUAAUGAUUAUUUAUCAGCUACUUGGUUGAUCCUAUCUUAAUGUACAUACAUUUGCGUAAAUGCCUUACAUAGUGUGAAAUAAAAAAAGAUUGAAAGAUUGAAGAUCGUGUUAGCUCGUGUUAUGCGGUCGAGGCAAUUCGUUCAGUAUUAUUUCAACCUUGAACUUGAGGGUGCUCUAAAAGAAAGCUAGAAGAAAUACGUUUGUGAUAUUUCGGAAAAAAGUCAGGCUCAAUAUAAACCAACAGUUCAAAGAGUCUGAUUUACUAAAUCCUUGACUUGUUUGUAGAAAACGUUUCAGCUUUGUUUUUCUGAUCAUGGAGCUGACCAUUCUUUACCGAUAAGAGCUUCGGCUUUCACAUCAAAUGAUUGUAUCACAAUGACUUUCACUUCUCGUCCGGUAAGUUUGCGUGCCAUAUAGCACACUAAGUUGCACACUUAAGUAGGUGUCGUCUUGCACGCUAGCUUUUUUUAUCAGAGGUUAACAGUUUUCCAUGUUCGCCUGCUCACACUUCAUUGUUCUAUGAUGCACACUUUAUUGUUUUUAGCAUGUUCUGUGAGACAAAGGCACAGGCUCAUUAAACUGUGCUCUAGCAUCCUUUGUAGGUGUGUUAAAGUCAAUUUCUUUUGUUUUUAAAUGGAAGAAUGUUGUGAGCAUGUUAUCACCUUCGUCUCUGAAAUCAUAUGCAGGGUCACUUCGAUCCUGAAUGUUUAGGUAGUCAAAAAAACAAACUUGAUGCCAUCUUCAUGCUAUCAGUCAAAAAUUAAUUCCAUACUGAAUUGGAAUCUGAAUUUGAAAAAAAUGUACUCUUUGGCCUCAAACUGUCCUAGAGAUUUUAGCUGUCUUGCAUGAAAAGAUCUCAAGAAACAUUCAUUUAAAUAUAGAUAAAUACACAUAAAAUAUUGGCUAAGGAGAGCAAUUACCAAAAAUGUUUUUCAUUCUUCCUUUGAGUCUGAAAAUUUUGUUGAAUCUCUGUCUUAAUUCUCACUAGUAAACAAGAAACAACUUGCCACAUAUUGACAGAAAUAAAGAAGAAGUCAAGUCACUCAAAAAUAUUUUUUUCCUUCACUAGCAUAUCUCUCAUUUUACAGAUACAUCAAAUUUGAAAAAGUUUUGAGUUUUGUGUUAAAUUAGGCCAGGUAUGUCCCAAAAAAAUCUGAUGAAGCCAUGCCUCAAUCUUACUUUGAAGAAGCUGUAUUAGCAGUUUAGUUUAUCUGGUUCACUCAGGAGCUUGAAUACAUAUGCUAUAGCAAUAUACAGCACUUACAAUGCCAAAGAUAAUUAGCUCAAAAUCCUGGCUGUUGAAGUCUUGACACAUCUGCUGGACAUAUCUGAUAUGAAAAAAAUAAUCAUCAUCUUCAUCAACAGUCAGGAAUCUUGCUUCUUCAGGGACCAACUCUAGAUGUCUGUUUUACCUUGGUGUCCAUACCCUGUACCCUUUAAUCAGGGGCAUCUUGAUUUUAAUUUCCAAUUUGUCAUUACCAUUUUUGAAUUACCCUUUCCCUAAUUAGAAAUGAAUAAUUUUUAUAAUAGCCUCAUUAGUGUUAUGCCCUAAAUUCAAUUCCAAUAAUUUAAUUGAAAGGCUUUUUUUCAUUCCAGUUGUCCCCUCAAAUGCAACCCUCCUAGCCCCCAACCCCCUCCCCCACCCCAUCCCAAAAAUGCUACCCUCAGAGAGAGAGAAGAAUCUAAAUGAAGGAGAUCUCCCUUCCAGUUCUUCUCCCAAAAACACCCCCGCUUCCCACUGACAAGGCAAAGGCUUGGCUACUAAGCACACAAAUACACAGUUUGCUCCAUUGCACUUUUUAAAAAGGCCAAUUUGCAAAUAAAACCCUCAUACGAUUUUGGAAAUGCACCGAUUUUCCUUUAAAAAUCAAAUCGUUGAAAACUCCCUGAAGGGUGAGAUUGAAUUAUUGAAAGAGUUGUGCUUAAGCCUGAUAAGCUACAUUAAGCACAUGAGCCUCGAGAGUGAGGGUCAAGAUCUUACCAAAUGUAAAGUAAACCAUUAUCACAAGCACUUCUAAAACUGUUUAAAAAGAUAAAUAAUACAGUUCUUUCUGUUUGAUCUAUCUAUAAUCGCUACUAACCUCGCAAAGUAGAUGGAAAACGGGAGAAAACCAACCAUGCCUUCCGCGCGCCAUCUUUGAAUAAGUGUUCGUUCCCAGUGUCCCAAAACGUCCACAAUGCGCGGCCUCCUUGCUCUGCGGAAAAUAAGGCCCUUUUUGGUGCAUGUGUUUGCUGCGAUUUUCUAUCUUUUUAGCGACUUCGUAGCUCAAAUUUGAAAAAAGAGUCCAUUAAUAAAUGGGGAUAAACCCUUAGCGGAGUUGAAUAGAUAACACAGGCUGAAAUACAUGCACUGUAGUAGCAAAAAACAGAAAAAAGGCAGGAAAUAGUGAGCGCUUCUUCGCUCACAGGCAGCCCAAACUCUGUGGAAGUUCGUAAGACUUUGAAUUAUAUGAGAAUGUAUGAAAAUAAACAAAAUACGUCCUAAAUUGUAUUUUUCGACAAAGAUAGAAAUAAAAAUUAGUUACCUUGUGUUUGUGAAAAUCGUCGAUAAAGUGGCUGGCACCCAACGUCAAUUUUCGGAAAAUAUCUGUUCGGAAGACGAUUUGAGAUCGAGAAUUUUCGGAACAUUUGUUGUAAAAUUUCUUGCUUGUCUGCCUCUCCUAGGAUUUUCGAACGUCUAAAAAAUGGUAUAAUUGCCCAUUUUUAACGGAUUUUUGCCCUAAAAAGGUCACCUAGAAUUUUCGUGAGCCUUUUUUCUGGCUGAAAUUUUCGAAAAGGUAAGUUUUGAUCCCUAUAAUUUUCGGAUCACUAGACUUUCAGCUAGGAAAUCCGAACAGAUCAAAACUUUUUAAGAGAUAAAAAUAUGCUUAUAUCUACGGUUUAAAUACUAAACUACGUCUAACAAUGCCAUGUUUAAGUGGUUUUGAACUAUAUUCUCGUUGGCUGCCCCUGUUGUUUCGUUGUUGUUGUCGUUGUUUUUACAUUCCGUUUGCACUAAUUUGUAAUCACCAAAAAUCACUGAGGAGCUUUUAUAAAGAAAACAACUUUGAGCCAUAAUAAAUAACUACACGACUUUGAUACUUUUUUAAGCUUAUGCUGCAAAAGCGUCAGGAUGAAGGUCGUUUUCGGCAUCUCCAAAUAGCAUCCUUGUGCAGGAAUAUUUGUUUCCUUGGUCUCCUUUUCCCUUAAGGCACAUACAGGGUCAUCACUGGACGCUCUUAGAAUGUGCCCUAGGAAACGCAGCUAAACGGGAAAGAGAGAGAGAGAGAGUAACGGCGGAGUAAAUGUCAUUUUUUUGGCCUUGAAAACACAUGAUACCCAGGACCCUUUAUAUCUUACCUCCAUCUGAGGCCACAGAGACUACGACAAAACUUUUUCUCAUGUCUAAGGAAACAACAUGAUAGUAGUAAGUGAGACUAGAACCACAGGUGUUCAAACCAAUUCCCGCCCCCGUUGCUCGUAACCAAUAGAGUGGAAUUACGUCCUUUAUACAACUAUAUGAGAAAUUUCUGCAAUUUGAUUGGCUUAGAGCAGUGGUAUUUCAGCUUAAUUUGAAAUACCUACAUGUGAAAAUUACAAACCUUUUGUGGGUAGUAGUAUAAACCACAAAUAAUAGCAUGAUUUGUACGUGAUAUUAGGCAUGGUAUUCGUGGUAUUUCAAAAUUGUCUCAAAUUUUACUCGCCUAACGGCUCGUGAAAUUAUGUAUAACAAUUUCGAAAUAUCACUGGUGGUACUUAUGCCAAAUAUCACUACAAAUCAUGCUAUUACCUAUACUUAUACUACUCGUGACAUCACCAAUUCAUUUUAUUGCAUAUAGUCAUAGACAACUUUAGUAGAGACCUUUAGUACCCAGGUUUUAAGCAGAUAAAUAGCUAGCCUAUGCCAGGCUCUCGGUCAUCGUAGACAGGUGGAAAAAAAAGCGGACAAGGAAAAAUGCGCAAGAGCAUCAAGGGACAGUGAGCGACCCUCCCUCCCCAGCCUUCAAGCGGUUUUUCGCGCUUUUUUUUCCCGACUUUUUGCCCUCCUUGAACAGACUAAUAGAUAGCCUGUGUGGCCGUGUGGGGUCGGGGUGGAGGGGACGGGGUUUGGGGGUUUAGAGGGAGAUUCUUCUCCCUUUUUUCCUUCCUCCUGCCUUACCCCUUUAGACGCCUGCUGACUACGUGCUACGCUGUUUAGCAGAUGGUCACGUGAACACAAGACAACGAUUUUCGUUUUAAAACUUAAAUACAGUCCUUUGGAAUUGAACUUCAGAAAAACUCACCAACAUUUGACAACUUGAACAUGGAAUAUAAGAGCGAUGAAGUUUGA